AUGCAACUACAUCAGCAAUCAUGGAUUCAAAUUGGUGGCUAUCACAUUCCAGGUUUGAAGAAAAGUCGUUCAGUCGUCGCUUCUCCAGCAGUGUUGCGUCAGCAGGUCUCAGGUGAGAUGGUGAGAUAUGCGGCCACAGGCCCGAACACCAUCCUGUACUUGAUGGUCAUGGGGCCGCGCGCGGAGGCCGCGCGCACCGCCGCGGGGCUGCCGGCGUUGGUGGCGCGCCGCGUGGCCGCGGGGAGGCUUCCCCGGGGAGGGUCCGCGGCUGCUGGCGCUGGCCCCGCCGAGCAGAGAGCGCACCGUGCCCUGGCGGUGCCAAGGGAAGCGGCCACCGCGUGA